AGACUGUUUAUAACAGAUAACCUAUCGUGUGACCUCCAUCAUAACGGCAUUGUAAAUGAUAAAGCUAUUUGGUCGGACGGCUAACGCUUUUUAAAAGAAAAUAAGGUGGAAUGAAGCGAGGAUAUCGUCCAUUAGGUAUUCACUCAAGAAUGACUUCCAGUAUUACUCACACUGGCGGCGGAAAGAACAGCUCACAGCUGUUCAGUGGGUGACGACACAAACUUAGAAAUAAGAAUGAUGAUUUUUUUAAGGGUCUCCGAGUUGCGGAGUACUUUAUCUCGCUGUUGCCAAAUACCAGACUCAGAGCUGACGCGAGCGCGCGCGUUUUAUCUGUCGCGUGCCUGCUGAAGUGUCUUGGACGACAAAAACAUGCGCGCGCGGCUGAACCUCUGCUAUCAAAGCCAUAAAGCAACAGUUUAAGCUGGAUUUUUGUAUGUAUAUGUAUAUUUAAAAUAUGCGUAUUUUCUCAAGCUCAUCUAUCUUCUUUGCAUUAAACUGAUAUGUAAGUUAUUUUAGAGCAUAUUCGUAUUAUUCUUCGAGGUUGGAUGGAGGACUACAUUAUGAAUUCAUCUUCUUCCUACCUCAGCUCACCUGACAAUCUGGAAAAAGAUCAUGAGCAGUACAACAAUGUGCUCAUGCCCAGCAUCUUUGGUGUUAUUUGUUUCUUUGGGAUCACUGGGAACUGCAUUCUCAUUUACACCAUUGUGAAGAAGACCAAGUUCUGCUCUCAUCCAUCAGUGCCAGACAUAUUUAUCUUCAGCUUGUCCAUCGCAGACCUCCUCUUUCUCCUUGGCAUGCCUUUUCUCAUUCACCAGCUUGUGGGCAAUGGCUCCUGGUGCUUCGGUGGCACCAUGUGCACUGUCAUCACAGCGCUUGAUUCCAACAGCCAGAUCGUCAGCACGUACAUUCUGACUGUCAUGACUCUGGACCGCUACUUGGCAACAGUCCACCCCAUCCGCUUCAAACACGUUCGAACCCCCUUCGUGGCAGGGGCGGCAGUGGCGCUGGUGUGGGUGUUUUCUCUGGUCUCCAUUACUCCGGUCUGGAUGUACACUGGACUCAUGGGUCUCAAGGACGGCUCGAUCGGCUGCGCCCUCCUGCUCCCAAACCCGGCCACAGAUACAUACUGGUUCACCCUGUACCAGUUCUUCUUGGGCUUUGCUCUUCCUUUAGUGGUCAUCUGCAGUGUCUUCUUCAAGAUUCUUCAAAAUAUGUCAGCCACAGUUGCUCCACUACCCCAGCGCAGCCUCAGGGUGCGUACAAGAAAGGUGACCCGCAUGGCAGUGGCCAUUUGCCUGGCCUUCUUCUUAUGCUGGGCCCCUUAUUAUAUCCUCCAGCUGGCCCACCUGGGAGUACAGCGGCCCAGCUUUGCUUUCCUGUAUGUCUACAACAUCGCCAUCAGCCUGGGCUAUGCCAACAGCUGCAUCAACCCUUUCAUCUACAUUGUGUUGAGCGAAACAUUCAAGAGGCAGUUCAUUGUAGCUAUUCGGCCACCCCACAGAGGCUUCAGAGUCGCCCCUGCUCAGGCUGAAGGCUUGAGUUUGAGGGUUGCGCCAGAGAGCUCUCAUCCAUCCCGCUCGCAGUCAUCACGGGAACUGCUCCAAAACAUGCUGCCCGUCACCGUGGCUGUGCACUGAGAUUGACAGCUAUCUGGCCACCCCGACCACUGCUAACUGCCACCCCCAGCAACGAGCCAUCUGCCAGUACAGAUGUCUCUCUUUUUUCUUUCCCUCCUCGGAAAGCACCCGCUGUUCACAUCAACACGUGACAAGAGGAGGAAUUUCUAUGCCACACACACACUGCGUUAAUGUACCAAGUGGUGAUAUUACCGGUGAAGUUUGGAGACGUGUUUAUGUUUGUUGUGAGGAAUUAAUGUAUCAACUGUAGUCGUCAUAUUUUUAAAGAAUGAGAACGAAAAAAGGAACAAUAGGCAACUUGCAGCUGACAUGUGCCAUUUAAAAAAAAAUCUGACUUUGUUUAAACUAUUCUUGAUUUAUCAGUAUGGUAUCUGUGUAAAGGUUUGAUGUAAAGCCAACUUCAUCACACAGCUGCGUUGUACUUAAUGUGUCUUAAAUUACUACAUCGUGGUAGCAGAAAAGUGCAGAUUUGUCACUGUUUUGUGUUGUGCACUGUAAGUUUAUCAAUGUUGUGGCGGAGAAGAAAAAGCAUGUGAGCACAUUUAACACAUUCUAAAGGUCAAGCCAGCUGCACCAUUAAAGAAUAGCACACACGGCUGAGGGCAGAUAUGCACUAAUGAGACAGUAUGCAAAAAACCAUUCUAGUAACACUUGGAGGAUGAGCUACUCCUCUCAUGCAAUCACCGAGGACAGACUGCACGCCUUCACUGGCAAAGACAAAGGAUUUGCAGACUUAGUACUGAUCUUCUCUUUGUGUGUGCUUGAAUGUCAUUAUUCAUGCAUCUCCAAAUGUUAUUCUGCUGUACCUUGGUGACUGUGUGACUUUUUUUUUUUGAGGCAUUUGUCUCCACGCUGGCUUUGGAGACUCUCACUGUGAAUUGGCUGUUGCCGUGUGCAGCCUGUCUUACUGUAACUGUAACUCUUACCUGCUACUGGAAAACUGUGUUUACUGUGCUUACUGUGAAAGCUCUUGUCUCACCCAGUGGGUGGGUUUGUUUUACUCUAAUAAUAAAAUGU